AUUUGAUUAACAAGGUAAAUAUUAGCAGAAUGAAAGUAUAGCUAUAGCUAUUAUACCAUUUUGUUGCAGACUUGUCUGAAGUCUGUGGAAGAAGUGAAGAAUUUUCAUAGGAUUUCCAAAAUGGGACAUAAAGUACUCGCCAUAUUCUUCACCUUAAUCUGUGCACCAGGUCUUUAUGCAGUGUUCCUGGUUCCAUCAAAAAACCCUGUGGCUGUUGGGACCAAUGUCACUAUAAGUGUGAAUGACACUGGGACCAUUACAGUUGGGCUCUGGUUAUUUGGACCUAGUACAUUGUUCAUGUGGUACCAAGGGAACAUGAUUCAGGGAACUAGCCUUCAAAAUGGAACAGAAUUUAACAAUUCUACAUAUCAGCUCACCUUAUCGUCAGUGACUCUGAGGAAUUCUGGCCUGUAUGUAUUAGAAGCAUUUACACCGAUCAAAGCACGAGCAGAAAUGACAUUAGAUGUUCAGGAACCUGUCAGUAAUGUAACCUCAUUUGUUAACAUGACAAACUUGGUGGAGUUUAACGACACCGUGACGUUCACCUGCAAUGCCAGCGGAACGCCACUGUGGUUUUCGUGGCAGAACAGAAGCUCUAUAGUCACAGCAGGAGGAAGAGUUGAGCUCAGGAACGGUGGACGAGAGCUCUUCAUCAAUGGUGUGAUGCGCUACGAUGAAGGCCCGUUCAAGUGUCUUGUGGAAAACAACAUCAGCAAAGUAGAGACUAAUCAAACGAAUCUAAACAUAAGCUAUGGGCCCAGUAACCUGACAGUGACAGCCUUGCCAGAGAAAGAGGCAUACAUUUCUGGUUCAGACAUUUUUCUGUCAUGUUCUGCUGACUCCAAACCGACAGCUUCUUUCUACUGGAUGUACAACGGCAUUCAUCUGAAUGUCUCUGGUUCAAGUUAUAACCUUAGAAACACAACUCAGAACAUAAGUGGACAGUACGCCUGCGUUGCCAAAAAUGCAGUCACGCUCCGUUCUGUUGCAGUGAUAAAAAACAUUAAAGUAGUUGAUCCAAUAUUGUCAGUGACUGUGAAUCCAGCAGGGUCUCCAGUAGAAGGCAAUGCUUUUAAUCUAAGCUGUAAUGUUGUGGGGCCAGUGGACUCCAUUCAUUGGAUGAAGAAUGGAACAUACCUGGGUGCCAAUGAUAUGAUCACUUUCUUCAAUAACAACUCAACCUUGAGCUUUUACCGUCUCGGUCUUAGUGAUGAUGGACUGUACCAGUGUGCUGCUAGUAAUGCUGUCAGCAACAUAACCAGCAAGGCCUACAAUCUUAUGGUCAACUAUGGUCCAUGGAACACAACCAUGUCUGGUCCAAUUGUAGGAGUUGUAGGACAAAAUGUGACCUUCAGCUGUUCUGCUGACUCUCACCCACCAAGUCGAUACAGUUGGUUUUUAAACGUCACAAAGGUGGGAGAGGGUCCAGUAUUAACUAGAGCUCUCUCACCGGAUAGUGGUGGACGCUACACCUGCAUGGCCUCCAAUGAAAUCACAGGCAGCAGCAGCAAUGUAUCACUGGAGUUAACUUUAAUAUAUCCAGUCAGCCAUGUGAUUGUAAAUGCGGGCAAUCAGCAACCAGUAUUCAAUCAGCCAUUCACUCUGACCUGCACUGCCUCAGGAGAUGUUGAACACAUUCAGUGGAUGAAGAAUAGCAUGUUCCUUUAUCCUUACAAUGGAAUCACUUUCUCCAAUAACAACUCCACCUUGAGCUUCCAAAGUCUAAAUCUCAAUGAUGAUGGAAAUUAUCAGUGUGAAGCAAGUAACUCUGUCAGCCACAUGACUAGCCCUGCCUAUGACCUGAUGGUCACCUAUGGUCCAUGGAACACGGAAGUUGCUGGCCCAAGAAUGGCAGAGAUGGGGUCCAAUGUGACUUUCAGGUGUUCUGCAGUCUCUCGUCCUCAUAGUCAAUAUAGCUGGUUCUACAACAAUUUAAAGGUAGGAGAUGGUCCAGUGUUUGUGAAAGCAGCUCUCUCACUAACCAGUAGUGGACAAUACACCUGCAUGGCCUUCAAUAACAUCACAGGCGGCAGCAGCAGCGCAUCACUGGAGUUAACUGUAAUUGAAGCCAUUGUGAAAGUGGACGUCACCGCCGAUCCUCCUUUUCCACUGGCUUCCCAAAGCCUGCGGCUCACCUGUAAUGUUACGGGAGCCUACAACAGACUCCACUGGCUUCAAAACAACCAGAAUUUCCAGCCAUCAGACAGAGUUACAUUUUCAGCAGAUAACACCACUGUGACCAUCAAAGCCUUGCAGCCCGCUGAUAACGGGCGAUACCAGUGCGUCGCUUCCAACUCAGUGAGACAGCAUUUCAGUCAACCAUACAAUCUUGCAGUCAUCUUUGGACCACAUAGUGUGCAGAUCACUGUAACCAAUGGGAUUCCCCCUGUCCUGACAUGUCUGGCAGAGUCUCAGCCACCGGCUGUGUAUCACUGGAUCCUCGAAAACAACACAGUGGGAAAUGUUUCUUCCAUAGUACUUCCCAUAAAAUCUAUCUUUGGCGGCAAUUACACCUGUGUGGCCAAAAACCCAUGGACCAAUAUCACACUCCAAGCCAGCCAAGUUGUCAAUUUCUUUACUCCAGACCCUGACGCUGCUGUCAGUGUCCAGGCAAGUGUGAUGUUGACGGCUCUGCUCAUUCUGCUGAUCCCUGUGCUGGAUGAAUGGCUCUAAUACUAUUAUAUAUUGCUGUGAACAUGCCAUCUGUCUGUGAGGCCAGAAUGAGGCUUGUGGGUACAUUUAUCACUUAAAAGCAGCAAGACAAAAUUGCACUGGCAAGAUCGUUCAGCCCAGAUUAGUGGAGCUGCUUCUUAAUUUUCAAACAUAUUUAAACAUCAUGUAAAGACAGGUAUGAGCAUUUAUCAACCGAACACUCUUUUGGCAAAUACAAUGUAAAAAAAAAAGGAUUACAUUUUAACAGUCAUACAUUUUAAUUAAUCAUACUACAUUAUUUGCUUAUACAGUAUAUUUAUCUUCUAAAAGAUAUAUCUUUCGUACAUUUAUUACUGUCAUUAAUUGGACAGUAAUUUAAGAAAUGAAUGCUAUAAUUAAAUCUGCUGAAAUCAAUAAAUUCUGGUUUCUUUUCUGACUUGUAGCUCUGGUUUUAACUCUCUAUCUGGAAAAACUAAUUACACCAAAUUCAGGCAAAUAUAGGCAAAUUAUAUCAGGAUGACCAAUUAUCCAAAUUACCUUUCUGUUUGCUUCCCAAAUGUCUUAUAUCUCACAAUAGUAAGAUGUUUUCUUAUAUAAAUAUUAUAUGCCUUGUGUGUGAUUAUUUCCAAAUUAUAAAUGCAUUUUACAGUUAUUUAAAAGAUCAAAACAUGUGAAAUGUUGGACACUUUAUUUAUAGACCAAAUAAAAGUAAACUCUUCAAAUUAA